ACGCCGUCAGCGCUUUGGGAGCGCUUUGUCAGGUGGCAGGUGACGAGAGCGCCACGGGAGGGGUCGGCCCACUGCACCGGCGGCUGAUCUGAGGUCGGCAGCGGUGGUGACGGCGGGGCCCCGCCUCACGCACAGAAUCCUAUGACGGAAGCCGCACUGAGGGACCCGGCUCAGGUUCCCCUGACUACAGAAGCACAUAUGGACCUCACACAGGGUUCUGUGACUUUUGAGGACGUCGCCAUUUGCUUCUCCCAGGAAGAGUGGGAACUUCUUGAUGAGGCUGAGAGGCUCCUGUACUUUGAAAUGAUGCUGGAGAACUUUGCACUUAUAGCCUCGCUGGGUUGUGGGCAUGGAAUGGAGGAUGAAGAGACACCUUCUGAGCAGAGUGUUUUGGUAGGAGUGUCUCAGGUGAGGACUCUUAAGGCAGGUCUAUUCACCCAGAAUAGUCACCCAUGUGAGAUGUGUGUCCCAAUCCUGAAAGACAUUUUGCAUCUGGCUGAUCUGUCUGGGCAGAAACAGUACUUGGUUGGGGCAUGUGCAAACCUUUACCAGCACCAGAAGCAUCACAGUGCAAAGAAACCCUUGAAGAGGGACAUUGACAGGCCUUCAUAUGUGAGGCGCUGCCUAUUCUAUGGGUCACAGAAGUCCUUCCCCAGUUGGGAGGUUGGAAAGGACCUCCCAGCCAUGUUGGGCCUUCUCCAGUCGCUGGUCUUUCCCAGUGGUGAGAAGCCCAACAAAAUCACUGAGUGUGGGGAGGACAUUCAUAGGAAAAAAGCUCAUUUCAAGUUGGGUGAAGAUGAGAAAGCUGCCAGCCGCAAACACACUCUCGUUCACCGCCCAAGAGUCUGCACUAGAAAAAAGCUUUAUGAGUGUAGCAAGUGUGGGAAAGCCUUCCGUGGCAAAUACUCACUUGUUCAGCACCAUAGAGUCCACACCGGAGAAAGGCCUUGGGAGUGCAGUGAAUGUGGAAAAUUCUUUAGCCAAACUUCCCACCUGAAUGACCAUCGAAGAAUCCAUACUGGAGAAAGGCCUUAUGAGUGCAGUGACUGUGGAAAAUUCUUUAGACAAAAUUCCAGCCUCAUUGAUCACCAGAAAAUUCACACUGGAGCAAGGCCUUAUGAGUGUGGCCAGUGUGGGAAAUCUUUUAGCCAAAAAGCCACCCUUGUUAAACACCAGAGAGUUCACACUGGAGAAAGGCCUUACAAGUGUGGUGAAUGUGGGAAUUCCUUCAGUCAAAGCGCCAUACUUAAUCAACACCGGAGAAUUCACACUGGAGCAAAGCCUUAUGAGUGUGGCCAAUGUGGGAAGUCCUUUAGCCAAAAAGCUACCCUUAUUAAACACCAGAGAGUUCACACUGGAGAAAGGCCUUACAAGUGUGGUGAAUGUGGGAAGUCCUUUAGUCAAAGUUCCAUCCUUAUUCAGCACCGGAGAAUUCAUACUGGAGCAAGGCCUUAUGAGUGUGGUCAGUGUGGGAAAUCUUUUAGCCAGAAGUCUGGCCUUAUUCAACAUCAGGUAGUUCACACUGGAGAAAGGCCCUAUGAGUGUGACAAAUGUGGAAAUUCCUUUAGCCAAUGUUCCAGCCUCAUUCACCACCAAAAAUGUCAUAACAUGUAGAGGGCUCAUUAAUGCAAUAAAUGUGGAAAAGCCUUCAGUGCAUGGUCUAACCUUGUUUAGCUCCUGAAAGUGCACUUAGAAAGGCCUUAGGCCUGCAGGAAAUGUGCUUCCCUCCCCACCCCCAAUAUUAGAGAGCCUUUGUGA